AUGUCUGGCUCUGAUACAACAAAGUUGCCCCUCGACAGUGGGCCGGCAUACGGAUUAGGUCAUGCAGAGAGAAGUGGCGCGGAAAGUCCCAUGCUCCAUGGUCUAGACGGACUGACGUUGUAUGAAAAGAAAUGCGUCCUCAUCAACCGCGAGAUCGAUACUCAAGGCAUGGGAAAGUACCAAUGGUACAUAUGGGCUUUGUGCGGCUUCGGAUACAUGCUCGAUCUUCUUUGGGCGCAGGCAUUCGGCCUCGUCCUCAGCCCUCUGCAGCAGGAGAUGGGCUUUGGUGACGGUGCAUCGGGCAACAUCGCGACUAGCUUCAAUGCCGGAUUGACGGCCGGGGCGUUUGUUUGGGGCUUUUUAGCAGACAUCAUUGGUCGUACCUGGGCUUUCAACUUGACUUGCCUUAUCGCCUCAAUAUUCGGACUUUGUCUCGGUGCCUCGAAUAAUUACAACACCUUCCUCGUGCUCACGGCCUUUGUGGGUGUCGGUGUGGGCGGCAACAUCCCUAUCGACACUACGAUUACUCUGGAGUUUAUCCCACAAAACAGACGCUUCCUUCUUGCUUGCCUGUCCAUCUUUCAACCUAUCGGCGUAGUCGUAUGCAGUGCCAUCGCCUUUGGCUUCAUUCCUGUUUACUCAUGCUCGCCAAACUUUUCCGAGGAUGAGCCGCUGCCAUCAUGCAACACCGCCGAACCUGGAGUGGAGUGUUGUGCGCGCGCUGACAACAUGGGAUGGAGAUACCUACUCUUCACACUCGGCGCAAUCACACUUUUCGUCUUUAUCCUCCGCUUCUUCGUCUUCAAAUUCCAAGAAACGCCAAAGUAUCUCAUUUACCGUGGACAUGACGCCAGAGCCAUCGAGACCCUUCAGCACAUGGCCAAGGUCAACAAGAAGCAUUGUGGCCUCACUCUAGAGAUGUUCGAGUCUCUAACAAGUGACGAGCAUGAAGGCUCCGUGAGCAGCGCACUCAGCGCGACGCCUGCGCUUGGCGGCGGAGCAAGGCAGCAGAACAUGAAGUGGACAGCAAAGGCGAAAAUGGAGCUCGGCCGGUACAAGAUGCUCUUUGACGGCUUUCAGAUGACUCGUCUAACGAUCCUGGUCUGGCUGACGUACAUUAUGGACUUUUGGGGAUUCACCGUCGCGGGCCAUUACUUGCCGCGAAUUUUAGCUCUCAAGAACGGCUCCCAGUCGGUGAGCCUUUCGGCCACCUAUGCCGCGUACAUUUACACGUAUGCGCCAGGCGUCAUCGGUGUGCUGCUCGGCGCACUGAUGUAUCACAUCCCGGCAAUUGGACGGAAGUGGACGAUGGUGUUGUCCGCCGCGCUCAUGGGCACGUCGAUUAUUCUCUUCUCGACAGUAGAUACGAGGGCCAAGAACGAAGGGUUGUUCGCGAUGGAGUACUUUUUCCAGUCCAUGUUCAACGCCGUUCUCUAUGGAUGGACUCCCGAAGCGUUCCCGGCACCAGUCCGCGGCACGGCGUGCGGCGUUGCGGGUUUCUGGGGCCGAUUGUUCGGCAUCGUCAGUCCUCUCAUUGCGCAGCACUUAUACGGCCGGACAGAUGGCUCAGGAGACGGAGACGUCAACAGUGUGCUGUAUCUCGCUGGCGGCGUCAUGCUGGGUUGUGUUAUCAGUACGGCGCUGUUACCGAACGAAAUGAUGGAGACGAAGGAUGAGCGCUCCCUGACCAAUGCUUCCACUGAGGAGACCAGGUGGCAGGAAACUCAAAACUUUAACCAGCGAAAGAGCCAGGAUGUUCAGGGUACACUCAGGUGA